AUGGACAACCAUAUAUCUAUGGGCCCAGAUGAUAUGCACCCAAGAGCACAGAGGGAACUGGCGGGUGUUAUUGCUCAGCCAUUCUCUAUCAUCUUCAAAAAGUCAUGGAGAACAGGAGAAGUGCCAGAGGAUUGGAAGAAACCAAUGUCACUCCAGUCUUCAAAAAGGGCAAGACGGAGGACCCUGGAAACUACAGGCUGCUCAGCCUCACCUCUGUCCCUAGAAAGGCAUGCCGGAGCAGUCAGCCUUAGGCAGCCAUAUGGGGGUUGGAAAUUCACUGGCUGCAGUGUAAGGCAGCAACGGGCUCUCACCAUUCCCCAAGAGAGGCUGACGUCACUUCCACAUGGUUACGAUCAAGCUGCCACCUCAGGGGACGAUGCGGCAGCAGGAUCCCUGGGUGUCCCAGGUGGUUACAAGGACACCCUGCUAACCCCCAUCCUCUCCACGCCAGUCACAAAUGUCUGUAACGGGACGACACACAAACACACAGUCCCCUUCACCACAGGGCAGCACCAGGACAGAGGCGGCAAAAUGGCGGCCGCUCUCGCCACGACUACUGCGCUGCCCGCAGCGCCCUCCAGGCCGGGGUUCUGCUCCCCUCAGCCCCCCCCCCCCGCCGUGCCCCGCCGCCCCGGUUGCCACGACGACAGCGAUGCCUGGAAACCUAGCAUUGCUUUUGUUGUUGGGAGCAAGAUUGAAGAUGAAAUCCACACAAAGGCCCUGUCUCUUGCUGUGCAGGUGCCACAGCGGAAGCUCUUCAGUGUGAUAAGACAAGAAGACAUUUUCAAAGAGGUCAUGGAAGCUGGAAAUCAAAAGGGAAAAAAACUUAAGGAUGUACCUAUGUACCAUGAGGUGACUGAAGUAGCUAAAGAUAUUCUGGAAAGCGGAGAAAAAAUUCCUAUAACACUGAUUGGAAAACUAUUGAAAUUUCAGCUCCUUUGCUUCAAGCAGAAGGACCUUCAGAGAAGAGAAGCUGAAAAGAAGGCAGAAGAAGAACGAAAAACAGAAAAAGACAAAGUGAAAGAGAAAAUGAAAACUCCUGGCAAAAAGGAAAAGAAAGCUAGUGCAAAGAGCGCUGAGAAAGAAAUGAAAGGAAGAAAAAUUGAAGUGGCCCUUCAAGCAGCAACUACUGUCAAAAGGGACACCAGAUUAAAACGACGAGGAGAAAAGGAAGAGGAAGUCAAAUACAUUGAUGAUGAACCAGAUGAUGGUGCCCAUCACUACUUCAUAAUUUUGGAUUUCCACAACCCUCAGUUAUUGCCAGUGCUAUCUCAGCUGGGGAUUAAUGUUUCAAGUGUAAUUAGGAUUUCUUCUGAGAAUUAUGAACCACUGCAGACUUACUUGGAAGAGGCUAAACUUCAAGAAGAAUCUUUACUUUCACCUGAAGUUGUAGAAACAGAGAAAAGAAAGAGGGAUGAAGCUAUCAAAGACCUGGAAACAUUUUGGAAAUACUUGGAGCCAAUUCUGAACAGCGGAAAGCAUGGAUCAAGUCUCUUUGAUGUUGCCAGACUUCAUCACCUGGUUAAGGAGAGUUCCUUUCCCCCUGAUUGGUCUGACAGUGAAAUGCUGCUUGUAUGUGGCACUACACUGUUUGAAAGUAUUGCUUGUUUAAUGUAUGAUUGCCUGGACUGGAAAAGACAGCAUUGUAACUACUUGGAAAACACCAAACUGAUUAAUGUGCCUACAUUAUCAAAGAACAAAUUGACACAAUCCCCUGUAACAGAGGUACAUCCAACAUCACCAACUAUAUCUUCAAAGAAAAAAGGGCAAGCAGAAGAAGUUGUGUCGACAGUAGUUUUGCCACAGGAGGAAGAAGCUUCUCUUCUGGCCGCUCAUGUCGACUUGAGGUAUUAUAAUGACUUGCUGAGUCAGAUUCCUGAGGAAUGCAUUUCUGUGUCUUUAAUCUUGAACUGCAUGUUGGAACAGGUUAUUGCAAGUGAAGAAGACCUUACACCACCUAGCCUGAUGGUACCAGAGCCGCGGGCAGAUGGACUAGAUCAUACCAUUGCAGAUCAUAUAACCUCUAUCCUUCCUUCUCUUCCACUUUCUGACAGUGAAAGAAAGAAUCUCUUUGACUACUUUUCUUCCAAAUACAAUGAAAGAGAGGCUGUGACCCCCAGGGGCCCUCUCUUACUAAACUACCAUGAUACUCUGGCUCAGCGAUUGCAUCUACUGGAGAUCCAAGAGGACUUAAAUCCAGAACAAAUUGAGCGUGAAAUGUUGGACAAGCUGCCUCUUAAAAAAAUUCUCCAAUUCAACCUUCCUUCACCUGAGGACAACACUAAACGCUUGGCUAGAGUUCAUGAGCUCAUGCAUUAUUGUACCACUGAAUUUACGAGUUGGGCGGAAGUAGAAAGAGCCUUCAAAGUGUUUACUUUUGAAAGUCUGAGGCUAACUGGGCCAAGUGGCUCUGAUCUCCUGGAGAGUUGUGAGUCCGUGGCUGGAAGUGAAUCUGAAGUGUCCUAUAUCCCCUGGGAUAAUCCAGCUGGGUUUGCAAGACACCUGAGACAACUCUUCCUUGCAGAAAAGAAGCUUAAUGGGAAAUCUUCAAGAGGCUCUGGACAGAUGGAAACAAGCAACAAGGAUGGGAGAGAUGUUAUGUUAAACAAAAACUUGGAUGUUUUUAUUUCUGAAAUGGUGAGUCCAGAAAAUUACAGCCCAGAAUCAAACUUAGCAGAAAUAAAAAAGACUCAGAAGCGUUGUUUGACGGACUGGAUUUUUGCUGAGCAUUUUCAACCACAUGUUUUUCUUCAGGUUCUCCAUGCUGCAACCCAACAGUAUAGAUGCAUUGAUUCCUUUUAUCAUAACCAAGAUAGCUCUUUGCUUCUGGUCCUUCACAAUCCUAUGAAUCAGUACCGUCUGUUUCAAGAGACCUGGGAUAUGGCAUUGCACUCUGAUGUUGGAUUCAGGAACUAUCUUGAGCUGGUGGCCAGCUCAAUUGAAGACUGGGUGAAAGAAGAGGAGGUGAAAUAUCAAGAGAAGAUGACUGAGAAAAUGGAGACUCUUACACCGGCAAAAGUUAUGGCAGAAGGAGCUCCUGAAUUUCCUGCAUCUGCUGUAAAAAAAAGCGCCUUCCCUAAGAAAGACAGAAAUAGCACGCUUGAGAGCAUCACAGAGAACACUCUAAAAUCUCAAUCCGACAAACAAAAGAGACUUUUUAUCAGAGAAGGUUCUCUUAAGUUUAUUGGCUACAAUACAGGGGAGGAUCUCAUUCAAGUAUCAGGAACCAAUCAAUAUCUUUUCCCAUCUGAUGGAGGACAGAUUCAAGUAGAAAAGAUAGAGUUUAUAAAAGGUCUAACUUUGGUAAAGGUGAAGGUGGUAAAGGACAACCAUAAUUUCUUCAUUCAUAUCACAGACCCAAAGGAAAACUUACCAGAAAUUGAAGUGCAAGAAAUGAAUGAAGAAGAUAAAAUUAGAACAGGAAAAUUGAAAAAUCAAAAGAAGACGGUGAGCAAGUUUGGAUCCUUUUCAGCCACCUUGGAAAAUGGAAUCCAUCUGUCCUUGAGCUAUUAUGGACCUACAGGGAAGACAGCAGAAGAUGGGACAGAUCCUGACUUAGCAACAAUUCUGAACAUCCCCUCUGUUCAUAUUCCGACUGUUGUUUCUCCCCCUGCUACAUCAACUUCAGCAAAAAGUCAUAAGUCUGUCAAGCAGAAAUCAGGAAAAUCCCUGCCAUCUACAAAAGGGAGUCAUAGUAAAAUAUGCCCUCCACAAGUGGAAGACCUUGUAAAGCAGGAAAAAGGAAAGGUGGAAGUGGAAGAACGAGCUUCCCAAAUGCAAGUGAUGUCAAAUUCUUUUGCUUUCCCAAGUUUGAGUGUCUCCUGUCCCAAUGGGCUAGUAUUACUUUUUCUUGGUGAAAGCUUUGAAGAUUUAAAAGAGGUGGUAAAGGAAAGUGAGACCAAAGUCAAUAAAGUGAAGGAAGAGAAGUCUGAGAUAGGCGAGACCGAAGCAAAUGAAGUCAAGGAAGAGGAGGUCAAGAAAGAUAAGACCAAUGCAAAUGAAGCCAAGGAAGAAGAGAUCAUGGACAGUGCAGUGAAGGAUCAUGAGGUUACAGAAGGUGAAAUGAAGCAAGAAGACACCAAAAAAGAAGAGGUCAAGAAGCCUACUCUGGAAAUUCUGGUUAGGCAGAGUUAUCCCCAAAAGAUAAAACACUCUCAUCUAUAUACAACAGAGAUAAAGCAAGAGGUGUCAAGAGUCAUCAGCAGUCAAGGAACUGUUAUAAAGUACAUGACAGAUGGAUCUACCCAGAUUCUGUUUGCUGAUGGCACAGUGUGUACAAGUCCUGAUUCUGGACCAGUCAUACCACGACCUGUAAUUCCAGAUAACACCCAAUCAUUACCAGAAACAGAGCCUUUGCCUGAGACCAGCACUAAAAAAGGAAAGAGCAUCCAAAGGAACAGUGUAUCACACUCAGACAAGGAUGAAUUGUUUGAAAAUACUCUUCAGUGUCUGAUUAAUAAUGAGCAACCAAAGGAGAAUAUGUCAGGAACCUGGAUAACAACCACCCCUUCAGGCUUUCAAGUGGGUACUGAGGGAGCAAAGCGAAUGGAUCUAAAGCCUCUCUUAAUCUAUCAGGCAACUGACCCAGCUGAUGGAACGGUUAUGACUGUACGAGAUGAUGCAGUGAUAAUGGUUGAAAAGCUGGAUGGCAGCAGAAUUGUAGAUCAUGCGGAUGGUACUAGAAUCACCACUUUUUAUCAAGAUUAUGAAGAACUUAUUGUACCUCAGGAUAGUAAAAAAACAGAUGAACGUUCAGAAACCAUCACAAGAAAGGUCAAAUGUAUGCGAGUGGAGAAUCCUGCGUUUGCUACUGUUAUAACAAAUUGCGAGGACAGUACCUGUUGUACCAUCUUUGGAGAUGGGACAUCUAUUAUAGCAAAGCCACAGGGAACGUAUCAGGUUUUACCCAUGAAGAUAGGCUCCCUUUUCAUUGAUAAAGAUUGUGCAGCAGUAUAUACCCAUGAAGUUUGUAAUAAUAAUAAAUUCAUCAGCAAGCAAGAGGGGAAGCAAGCAGGGAGAUAUGUUAUGAAACACACUUCCAGCAUUAUAUGUGAGGUGAUGGAUCCUGAAGGAAAUCUUUUCAAGGUCAUGGCUGAUGGCAGUACAUCCGUAUUUGUUCCUAGCAUUGACUUUGAUGACAAGAAAGUCAGAAAUUCAGCAUUAGCACUGCCAGAAAAAAAUGAAUCUAUCACUUGUGAUGAGCAUGUCCCCAGGUUCUUCAUUGUCUAUGCUGACGGUUCUGGGACUGAGCUUCUUAGGAGCAAGGAUGUAGAACAGCAUCUUGCUGAGGCCUAUAGUGAUCCAGCUACUGCUGUCUUGCAGGACCCUGUGCAAGAAUGUCCAGGUGUUUUAAAUAUUACUAUUCUCCACCCUUUGGUUGAAGAUUCCCCCUGGAUAAUGAAUAAAAAAACAGAGAGUAUCAUUCCUCCAAAUCUUCAAACAAGGAACUGGGAAAAACUUUCUCCUUUUGAGAAUAAGAUCACAGUUCCUACAGUCAAAGCGCAUGUUUGGAACGGUCUCUGCAUCGGAUCUGAAGAGCAGACCUGCUUGACAGUACCUGUGCAAAAAUGCCCUAAUAAACUGCAAAUCCGUCAGCUGCUCCAGUAUGAGCCACUCAGUGAGAAACUAAGAGAAAAGCUGCAGCUUUCCCUCAAGGAAUACAUAGACAUCAUUUUGAAGCAGGAAAAUGAGCUGCAAGACAUGAAUGUAAAAGAACCAAGAACAGAAGAGGAAAAGAAGAAUGCUGCAGAUCUCCAUGAACUGGUCACAUCCUUCCCUAACUUGGAGAAGUUAUCCAAAGAUCUCAGCACCAGAGUUCGCAUAGCCGAGUUAUAUGAUAAGACAGUGGCUUCUCAGUUCCAGUGCUCCACAGCGAAGACAAUCUCUAAGCAACCAAAGGACCACUGGCAGACAUUCAGCACAGAUAUAACAACACUGUCUAAGUGGAGGACUAGACUAGAAGAACACAGGAAGGAAAUUGAUGAAGGAAAGAAGUGUUUAAUGGCACUAAGAAACAAAAUAAUUCCUCCAUAUUUUGAGUCAGAAUUUGGCCAGGAAUUUCUUCUGGAAAAGUUCCCAGAUAUGGAAGGACUGUCUAAGGAAUUUCCUCCAGUUCCAAAAAAAGAAAGUGGGAAUCUGCCUUUACAGAUUAUCAGAAACACUAUAAUGGGAUCUGAUUAUCUCAAUACUACAAGUGAUUCCUCACUUUCACCUGGUUUUCUGCUACAGAUUCACUCACAUGAACCUGAAGGUCCCAGCAUACACUCACCAACAGCAACAACCUAUCUGAGCAAAGAAAAAUCACAUGAGACACCCUUUCAAUCUAAAAUUCAAAGUCUGCUGGUGAAUGCUGCAAGGCAGCCAAGAAAAGAGAAAGUGAAAUUACAACCAUUUCUCCAGGGGAGGAAGGCUGACUCCAUACCAAAUAAACAAGUGGAUGACCCUGUUGGGGCACAAGUCAAGACAUCUUCCCUUGCAACAAAGAAACAGCAGCUUAGUUCAUUCCAUGUCAUUCCGCCUAAUGUGAUAUUUGGUGUACUGAAGGAAGGCUGCACCUACAGUGCCACUGUGAUCCUGAAGAAUGUUGGAGUGAACUUCUCCAGAUUUUGGGUGAAACCACCACCUCCACACACAGGACUGAGAGUGAUAUACCGACCAGGACCUGUGGCAGCAGGUUUGCAGGUUAAACUGGAUAUAGAGAUUUUUGCAAUGGUAAAUGGAAGGGAAGAUACUGAUGGCCUUGAAGAAAUUUCCCAUCAUAUUGAAAUAUUAACAGAAGCAGAGACUCUUCUACUUCCUGUGAGGGCAAUUGUGUUAACCAAUGACAUUUAUGAGCACCGCCCACAAGGAUACCCCCAGGGUGGGAUGUCAGAAACAGCCCAGCUGAUUUCUACAAGCCCCAAGGCAAAGUUCCAGAUUAACUAG